CAUAGAGAAUGUAACACGUCUGGUAUCUAAAGACAGGUUUACAGCCGGAUUUUUCGUGUGCAGUUGAUGCUUCGCGACCAAGAAUGAAGACUUCACUACUACUGGUGGUCCUUGUGAGUUUUGCAAAUGCAGCCAGGAAGCUCCCAAAGUACUGUUAUGGUAAGCGUCCAAGGAUGUCCUGCAAUGGCAAGGGAAACCAUCUUAACUACAUCCCUAGAGCUCCUCCAGACAUUACAGAUGUCCUCUUGACAAACAUAAACUUGGGCGUGGUCACCGGGGCCAUGACUGCCAACUUGACCUUCUGCAAUCUGACUUCGUUUUACCUGAAAGGAAACAACAUCACAGGAGUAUCACCCGAUGCCUUUCGGGACUUGGAUGACCUUGAGGUUCUGGAUUGGCAACAGACAUACCUGCCGCUCACAGACGUCAUUACAGCUCUGCAGGGAGUGUCUAGUCCUCUUAAAACUCUCCGACUUAAAGCAAACAAAGUGCCUGAACAAACCCUUAAUGCAACAGUGUUUCGACAUCUGAACAGCUUGAGCAGGCUCUCCAUUGCUCUGGGAAGUCUGAGGACUUUCAACGCAACUGCAUUUUCGCACAUGAUGAAUUUACAGUAUGUUGAUUUCUCACAGAACAAUUUGAGACAGUUAAUCCUGGAACAAAUCAUUCCCAAUAUGACACGUUUGACUCUUGCUGAGAAUAAUUUAGUUGCUGUUCCACAACUGUGUUUGUCGGAUAUUAGACCGUUAACUCCACGGUUACGAAGCUUAGAUCUUGGAAAUAAUGCCAUCAGAAACCUGGAUGUCUCAUCAAUUACGUGCCUGAAGAAUCUAUUGAAACUCAGCAUUGGUCACAACAGAAUUGAAGAACUUCCGGAUAAUGUGUUUGCUAACCUCCACAACCUCCAGAGCUUACAUAUAUCCAAUUUAGGGUCACUGAAAAGAAUUGGAGAUCUUGCUUUCAACUCCACAAGUUUGUACAAGUUCUACUUUGCAAAUAACCGUAUUCUAUCACCGAAACGUUUUAACCCGGUGACUCUUUUCAAACACACACCAAACCUUGGAAUACUGGACAUGACCAGCACGAAGAUAGACAUAAGUGUGUACCUUCUGAAGGACUUUCUCCUGAAUCUGAAGGCCAUUGAAAAACUAGUACUGCAAGACACUUUCAUCAAGGAACUUCCAUCGGGGACCUUCUCCCAGCUGACAAAACUUCGGGAGCUUUUUCUGAAUGGUAAUUUUUUGUCCAAAUGGAAAAGUGAUGUAUUCGAAAAUGUCACAAGUAUAAAAAAGAUCUCUUUCGAUGGCUGCAACAUCAAAAUGAUUAAGGAGGAGACCUUUCCCCUUGAGUUCCGCCUCAGCGUCCGAGAGAUUAAUUUGUCGAACAACCCCUUUACUUGCACGUGCGAACUACUCUGGUUCCGGAACUGGAUGAAAAAAAACAUAGACAACCACAGUAUCAAGUUUACACAGUAUCCACGCAGAUACGAGUGUCGGGCCCCGAAUGUUCACCCUCUGCAGCUCAAAGAUUUUAACCCAACUGCCAAGUCCUGUUCACCCAGAAAGGAAUACACUGUGCUUCUCUCAAUAAUCAUAAGCAUUGCCUUGGUGUUCAUCAUCACAGCUGUAGUGGCCUAUCGAUACCGAUGGUAUCUCUUCUACUGGAUAUCGCUACUGAGACGACGGCGUCAACGAGGACAGGCUGUUCCACUGCUUGAGAUGAAGUACGACGCCUUCAUCUCCUACAGCAACCCCGACGGUGACUGGGUGUACGACGAGCUGAUGGGGUACCUGGAGGGCGAGGCGGGAUUACGACUGUGUGAACACAGCAGAGACUUUGAAAGCGGUAAACUCAUUGUGGACAACGUGUUUGAAGCUCUGGAUUCAAGCAGGAAGACUGUCCUCGUCAUCUCCAAUGAGUACAUGAAGAGUGACUGGUGUCAGUUUGAGCUACAGAUGGCUCUGAAUUCUUUCCUGAAGCAGGAAAUUAAACUCGUUGUGAUCCUACUGGAACACGUUAAAGCCUGUCACGUGACGUCUUCUCUGCGCGCGUUGAUGACGUCAACAACAUAUAUUGAGUGGCCGAAUGUUCCUGCAGCCCAAAAGGUUUUUAAACAGCGCCUGAGAAACUGUCUAGAGGAAUAAAGUGUGUUUCUAUGUCGACAAGCAAACGUAUUUACUUUAACAUACUUCCUUCCUAUCAUUUUCACAAAGUAACAUUGGAUUUGGUAAGAGAUUUAAGCGUUAAAUCAUCACGCAAAAACUCAAUUCGAGUUUAAAGCCCAUUUCUGGUGCAUUGUCAUCCUCAAGCUGGUGUAAAUUUAUUUCCACUUUGAACAUGCUUUAAUGUAUUCCUAAAUCUGGUGUAAAUAUAAUGCCACGUUAAACAUGCUUCAUUGUCAAUAUCAAGCUGGUGUCAAUAUAUUCCAUGUUGAACGUGCUGCAUUGUCAUCCUCAAGAUGGUGUUAAUAUAUUGCCAUGUUAAACAUGAUUCAUUGUCAAUAUCAAGCUGGUGUCAAUAUAUUCCAUGUUGAACGUGCUGCAUUGUCAAUAUCAAGCUUGUGUCAAUAUAUUGUCACGUUAAAUAUGCUGCAUUGUCAUCCUCAAGAUGAUGUAAAUAUAUUGCCACAUUGUACAUGUCGCAUUGUCAUCAUCAAGAUGGUGUCGAUAUAUUGCCACGUUAAACAUGCCUCAUUUUUCUCCUCAGACUGAUGUUAAUAUAUUGCCAUCUUAAACAUGCUUCAUUGUCAACCUCAAUAUGGUGUUAAUAUAUUUCCACGUUAAACAUGUUGCAUUGUCAUCCUCAAGAUGGUGUAAAUACAUUGUUAUGUUAAACAUGCUGCAUUGUCAUCCUUAGGAUGGUGUAAAUAUAUUGUUAUGUUAAACAUGCUUCAUUGUCCACCUCACUAUUGAGUUAAUAUAUUUCCACGUUAAACAUGUUGCAUUGUCAUCUUCAAGAUGGUGUAAAUACAUUGUUAUGUUAAACAUGCUGCAUUGUCAUCCUUAGGAUGGUGUAAAUAUAUUGUUAUGUUAAACAUGUUGCAUUGUCAUCCUCAAGAUGGUGUAAAUAUAUUGUUAUGUUAAACAUGCUGAAUUGUCAACAUCAAUCUGGUGUAAAUAUACACAUGCACAAAAGUUAAGCGCCACCCACCAUAUUUGUGAGCUGUUACUUUUGGCACUUUAUGAUGACUAUUAUAACGAGAUGUACGAUUGUUAUCAGCCGUAUAUGUAA